AAAAUAUCGGGAUUUUCCCGUCCAUAUACCACUGCCAUCGGCUAUCGCCAUCUGCUAACGCACGCACACACGCACACCUAGAGCAACAAUGGCGGAAGCUCUGGUGAGCGCAUCCACGGGGGCAAUGGGUUCCCUCCUGGGGAAGCUGGGAGCUAUGCUGACUGAUGAAUACAAGAUGCUCAAGAAUGUCCGUGGCGACAUCAAGUUCCUCAAGGACGAGCUGGAGGUGAUGAACGCAUUCCUCCUGAAGAUGUCAGAUGUGGAGGACGCUGACAAGCCAACAAAGCUGCGCGUGACGGCAGUGCGGGAGAUGUCCUACAAGAUAGAGGACAACAUCGACCAGUUCAUGGUCCUCGUGGUGGGCCGUGAGUCCUGCAGUCAGGACACUCAUGGCAUCAAGAAGCUCAUGGACAAAUGCAACAGCUUGCUGCCGGAGAUCAAGACCCGCCGCAAGAUUGCCAAGGAGGUGAAAGACAUCAAGAACCAACUUAAGGAGGUCAGCGACAGAUUUUUAAGGUAUAAGACGGAUGAGUCCUCCUCUUUGCCUGCAAAAGACAAGGUCGACCCUCGACUUCGUGCAGUCUACAGAGAUGCCACCGAGCUUGUAGGAAUCGAUGGACCUAGAGAUGAGCUUGUCAAGUGGCUGAAUGAGAAAGAGGGCGAAUCACUUAGAUUUGUCUCUAUUGUUGGAUAUGGAGGGUUGGGCAAGACGACACUUGCCACCCAGAUCCGGGCCAACCUUGGAGUUGGAGCGACCUUUGAAUGUGGGGCUUUUGUCUCCAUUUCACGCAAGCCUGACAUGAAGGCCAUAUUAAGAUCUAUAUUAUCACAAAUCACCAAGCAAGACAAAGUUUACUCUGGAUUAGAUGAUAUACAACUCCUCAUGGACAAGAUCCGAGAAUUCCUCCAAGACAGAAGGUACUUUAUCAUAAUUGAUGAUAUAUGGGAGUUAGGAACAUGGGAAACUUUGAAAUGUGCAUUGGUUAAGAAUACAUGUGGCAGCAGAAUAAUGAUCACAACACGUAUAGUUGAUGUUGCCAAAUCUUGUUCUCCUUCUAAUGAAGAUCUUGUCUAUGAGAUGAAACCACUCAGUGAGGCUGACUCAAAGAAGUUGUUUUUCAAGAGGAUUUUUGGUUGUGAAGAAAGCUGCCCUGAUAGCUUGAAAGAGGCUUCCAAAGAAAUUCUGAAAAAAUGCGGUGGUCUACCUCUGGCCAUCAAUGCCAUUUCUAGCUUGUUGGCCACAACAAGGGAAACGAAAGAAGAGUGGGAUCGGGUGCGACAUUCAAUUCGCUCUUCAAAGGCCAAAAAUGAUAUAAUAGAGACCAUGAACUAUAUAUUAUCUCUUAGUUAUUUUGAUCUUCCCCACCACCUAAGAAGCUGCAUAUUGUAUUUGGCUCUGUUUCCCGAGGACGCACUGAUUGAAAGGCAACGGUUGGUACGCAGAUGGAUUUCUGAAGGCUUUAUCCAUGGAGAAAGUGAACAAGAUCUGAUGGAAUUAGGAGAGGAAUAUUUUCAUGAGCUUGUGAACAGAAGUCUAAUACAGCCCGAGGAGAUAAGGUAUGAUGGCAAGGUGGGGUGUUGCCGAGUCCAUGAUACCAUCCUUGAUUUCCUCAUUGCCAAGUCCGCUGAAGAGAACUUGUGUACUGUCUUGAAAAAACAGUGCAAACCUGAUGGCAUAGUUCGUCGGCUCUCUCUUACGGGAAGUGAGGAUGAAGAAAUCGUGGAGCAAUUGGAUUUGUCACAAGCUCGAUCAAUCGGUGCUUUUGGAGACAUCAAGCAACUGCCUUCGCUUGGGAAGUCAAAAUCCUUGCGGGUGCUGGACUUGCGAUACUGCAAUAAGUUGGAAAAUCAUCAUAUCAAGGAUAUCGAAAGACUCUAUCAGCUGAGAUACUUGGAUAUCUCUUUGACAGGAAUCACAGAGCUUCCUAGGCAAAUUGGGGAGUUACUGUAUCUAGAGACGCUAAUUACAUCCAAUGAUUUAUGUGAGCUUCCUGAAAGCACAACUCAGCUACGACGACUGGCACGUUUGUUUGUUGGCCGUAGUUGUAAGCUUCCAGAUCGGUUGGGAAACUUGGUGAACUUGCAAGAGCUUGACUGCAUUAAUGCCUUGCAGUUGAAGCAUGUGGAAGAGCUCGGCAAUCUAACAAAUCUGAGAAAGCUGACGAUUUAUUUGGACUCUGAUGGGAUAGAAAGCAACAAAGUAGUACAGUCCAAGGAAAAGCUGGCGUCCUCUCUCUGUAAACUGGACAGAUGCGGCCUCCUUUCCCUGAGUAUUGAUUAUUACUUGCGAGAAAGUGAUAGAGAAGAGCCGUUCCUCCCUGCUCUGGGUUGCAUCCAUGAGGUUUGUGUAUACGGAGAAGAUAUCUUCUGGAUUAGCAGAUGGCUCGCGGCACUUCCCAACCUACACACGUUGUACUUGAAACAAUCGAAAAUAGAUCAGCAGGAUAUCCAGAUGAUUGGAUUGAUACCCAAUCUGCUCGAAUUGUCACUCGGUCUUGGAAUAGACCGAACACAGCGGCUCGUCAUUAGGUGCAAAGGAUUUCAACAGUUGCAGAGUUUUACGGUUUCCUUUCCUCGUAUGGGAGAUCUAAUGUUUGAACGGGGGGCUAUGCCAAGGCUCAAGGAGCUUGAGCUCCAUAACUUCCAAGAAAAGCCUAAAUCUGAUGCGGGCGACUUCGACUUCGGAAUCCAAUACCUCUCCAGCCUCGGUUACCUCGAUGUCGGCCUAUUAUGCUUUCGCUCAACAGCUGCAGAAGUAAAGGCUGCGGAGGAUGCUUUCAAGAGCAUGGCCCAGGCAAACCCUAACCGUCCAACACUAGAGAUGAGCAGACAAAAUCCGAAUCUUAUAUUACAAGACGAGCAAAUAGAUAUGGCAGGCUCAGGUACAACACAAGAAAAUGAAGAAGUCGCCUAG